AUGCCAGAACGGCUAGCGGAAAUGCUGUUGGAUCUCUGGACUCCAUUAAUAAUAUUAUGGAUUACUCUUCCCCCUUGCAUUUACACGGCUCCGAUGAAUCAGUCUCCAGUUUUAUUGAGUGGAUCCCCUUUGGAACUAAACAGGCUGAAUGAAGAACAGCGGAUUUUGAACCGUUCCAAGAGAGGCUGGGUUUGGAAUCAAAUGUUCGUCCUGGAAGAGUUUUCUGGACCUGAACCGAUCCUUGUUGGCCGGUUACAUACAGACCUGGAUCCUGGGAGCAAAAAAAUCAAAUACAUCCUAUCAGGCGAUGGAGCUGGGACUAUCUUUCAAAUAAAUGACAUAACAGGAGAUAUCCAUGCUAUAAAAAGACUUGACCGAGAGGAGAAAGCUGAGUACACCCUAACAGCUCAGGCAGUGGAUUGGGAGACAAAUAAGCCUCUUGAGCCUCCUUCUGAAUUUAUUAUCAAAGUUCAAGACAUCAACGACAAUGCACCAGAGUUUCUCAAUGGACCCUAUCAUGCUACCGUGCCAGAGAUGUCCAUUUUGGGUACGUCUGUCACUAAUGUAACAGCUACCGAUGCUGAUGACCCAGUUUAUGGAAACAGUGCGAAGUUGGUUUAUAGUAUCUUGGAAGGGCAACCUUAUUUUUCCAUUGAGCCUGAAACAGCAAUUAUAAAAACUGCCCUUCCCAAUAUGGACAGAGAAGCCAAGGAGGAGUACCUGGUUGUUAUCCAAGCCAAAGAUAUGGGUGGACACUCGGGUGGCCUGUCUGGAACCACAACACUUACAGUGACCCUCACUGACGUGAAUGACAAUCCUCCAAAAUUUGCCCAGAGUCUGUAUCACUUCUCGGUACCAGAAGAUGUGGUUCUUGGCACUGCCAUAGGGAGGGUGAAGGCCAAUGAUCAGGAUAUUGGUGAAAAUGCACAGUCAUCAUAUGACAUCAUUGAUGGAGACGGAACAGCACUCUUUGAAAUCACUUCUGAUGCCCAGGCCCAGGAUGGCAUUAUAAGACUGAGAAAGCCUCUGGAUUUUGAGACCAAAAAAUCCUAUACACUGAAGGUAGAGGCAGCCAAUGUCCACACUGACCCGCGUUUCAGCAGUAGGGGGCCCUUUAAAGACACGGCGACAGUCAAAAUUGUUGUCGAAGAUGCAGAUGAGCCUCCAGUCUUCUCUUCACCAACUUACCUCCUCGAAGUUCAUGAAAAUGCUGCUCUCAACUCCAUGAUUGGGCAAGUGACUGCUCGUGACCCCGACAUCACGUCCAGUCCUAUAAGGUUUUCCAUCGACCGGCACACCGACCUGGAGAGACAAUUCAACGUUAAUGCAGAUGAUGGGAAGAUAACGCUUGCAACACCGCUUGACAGGGAAUUAAGCGUGUGGCACAACAUAACAAUCAUUGCUACCGAAAUCAGGAACCACAGUCAGAUAUCCCGAGUACCUGUUGCUAUUAAAGUGCUGGAUGUCAAUGACAACGCCCCUGAAUUCGCAUCCGAAUAUGAGGCAUUUUUAUGUGAAAAUGGAAAACCCGGCCAAGUCAUUCAAACAGUGAGUGCCAUGGACAAAGAUGAUCCCAAAAACGGACAUUAUUUCUUAUACAGUCUUCUUCCAGAAAUGGUCAACAAUCCGAAUUUUACCAUCAAGAAAAAUGAAGAUAAUUCCCUCAGCAUUUUGGCAAAGCAUAAUGGAUUCAACCGCCAGAAGCAAGAAGUCUAUCUUUUACCAAUCAUAAUCAGUGAUAGUGGGAAUCCUCCUCUGAGCAGCACCAGUACCCUGACCAUCCGGGUCUGUGGCUGCAGCAGUGAUGGUGUUGUCCAGUCUUGUAAUGUUGAAGCUUAUGUACUUCCGAUUGGACUCAGUAUGGGCGCCUUAAUUGCCAUAUUAGCAUGCAUCAUUUUGCUGCUAGUCAUCGUGGUGCUGUUUGUAACUCUGCGGCGACAUAAAAACGAGCCAUUAAUUAUCAAAGAUGAUGAAGAUGUGCGAGAAAACAUCAUUCGCUACGAUGACGAAGGAGGAGGGGAAGAAGACACGGAGGCUUUUGACAUUGCAACUUUACAAAACCCAGAUGGAAUUAAUGGAUUUUUACCCCGUAAAGAUAUUAAACCAGAUUUGCAGUUUAUGCCAAGGCAAGGGCUUGCUCCAGUUCCGAGCGGUGUGGAUGUGGAUGAAUUUAUAAAUGUGCGGCUACAUGAGGCAGAUAACGACCCCACGGCCCCACCGUAUGACUCCAUUCAGAUUUAUGGCUAUGAAGGCCGAGGGUCUGUGGCCGGCUCCCUCAGCUCCCUGGAGUCCACCACCUCAGACUCGGAUCAGAAUUUUGACUACCUCAGUGACUGGGGUCCCCGCUUUAAGAGACUGGGCGAACUCUACUCUGUUGGUGAAAGUGACAAAGAAACUUGA